AUGACGCGACUCGUUGGACUGGAUGCUUGCCCUAGCGUCACAUCAUUGGACGUCUCCUGGAACGCCUUGACGGAGCUAGAUUCUGCAUGUCUCGAAGAAUGCAAGGAGUUGUGGAUCGUCGAUGCUUCCCACAACCGGCUCGAGUCCCUCGGUGGUUUGUCCCGUGUGAUGGCUUUGGGCUACCUCAAUCUCUCGAGCAACUUCAUCCCAUUGGACGGUCUCCGACCUCUUUCUCGCGCCCAUAUACUGGAGCUUUUCCUGGGCAGCGGCCGCUCUUCCAAAGAGCGGCGACGGACGCUCUGCGUGUUGCCAAAUUUGUGGGUGCUAGACGAUGAGUUCGUCACCGCCGAAGAGCGGCGGAUCGCUGAUGACAAUCACCAACACAACGGGAGGGGUUGGGGGGCAACGAGCGACCACCUCUUGCCAACGUGGAACCAAUCUUCGCCGAAGCGAGACAAAACACGGGACAAGAACAGCAGCACGGCGAUUGCCUCGCCUUCCAGCAUCGUCGUUGUCAAAGAUGCGGGAAGACAUCACCCACCGCAGAAACAAAAAGAGUCUGCGUGCAAAUCUGGGUUUGUAGAUUUGGAAACACAAGGCCAUCUUACGCAAGACUUCUACGAGAACGUCGUGUGGAAAAUCCCCUCCAGGGCGGUGAUCCUGUUCACCCGAAGCCCGGCGUGUCCCGAACUGGUGGCGUGGCAGACCUCCCCGAUGGAUCAACCGGCUUACGACCAGAUGGAGCCGCUCCUCGCACGAGCGAAACUUAGUCAUGACGACCUUCACCCGACAUCGGUGUCUUUCGGUGGGGAAGUUGAUGGUGACCACAGGAGAGAUGGAUUGGGGGGGGGGUCUGUCGUGCCGUCGCGCCAUCGUUCACCGAGGACCCCGUGUUUCCAUUUCGAUCCACUCCCGGCCGACGACGACAGAGGUGAUCGCGGGGGCGUACAUGCCACUCAACUGGCGGAUUCGGUGGACAGUUUACCGCUGCCGGAUGCCGGCUUCUGGCGGGCAAGCAUUCGACGGCCGAGAUCUGGAGAAAGGGUGCAGGUCCUUUGCGAUACAUGGUCGGUGAUCGUCACCGUUGAUCCCGAGGCCUUCUUGGUGACAGUGGCACCCUUCGAAGGUAUCCAAACCUCGGCCUACCGUGGAGAAGCGCGCAUCGACUCCCGCGACCUCUACUACGACCCCCGGGGCUGGUGGAGUCACGUCCCCGCGAUAGCCGGUAACGCCACGGCAGGGCCCAGUAGGUUGCACCGCCAGUCCCGCGGGCUGUCGGCCAGCGGCCUCCCUCGAGGCGCGGGGAGCUUAAAUGAAGCGUUGGAGGAAGGGAAAGGGGACGAACCGUCUCAGAUUCUGAACGGGCGCCCGUCUGGUGGAGACCGAGAAGUAGUGGUCGAUUCGUCUCGGAACUACACGGAUCUUUUGCUUCCUUCGGCCGCACAACAACUGUCACAACCCGCAUCAUCAGCGGCGGCACCCGUCUCCAAGAGCCUUUCUCCCGCCGUGUCAACAGAACCAUCGACGGCGAGGGGUUUGACGGCCUCGAGCAACGCCGCUGCUGCCCCCUCCAACCCGUCACCUGCUCCUUCGGUCCUCCGCAGCCAUCGUUGCCCCAACAACAACGUUGUCGACGUUUUCAGCGCGGAAGGGUCGUGGGACCCCGUGUUCGUGGUGGCGCCCCCGAGGCUGGUGGGCCUGCAGAACCAGACGGCCGCUCGAAGGAUGGGAGGACGGAGGGCAAGACAGGUUGCAUGGUACCGCAUCGACGGGCCUGAGGUAUCCGUCGCGCCUCGACCCACGAUGCCCCGCUGCUCUUCCCUCAGGAUGCCCUUCCGAGUUGGGGAUACACCUUCCCGUCAUCUCCAGCAGUCAGCGUCAACCUCUUCGGUCCCGAGGCUGUCCAGCAAGCAAGCGCCCCUCAGGUUGGCGGCCGUGGCGCCGAGCCAUGGAGGCGGCAACAGCGUCUACGCACGGUUUUCGCAGUCGAGGGGCUUGUCGGUACCUUCGAUAAACACGAACAGCUGCUCGAUGCCAGCGGCCAAGAAGCUUCCCACCGCUGCGGACGAAGCUUGGCUUGAGCUCCAGAGAGAAAUGGGAUCGUUGAAGGCAGACAACCGAAUGCUCAUCCGUGAUAGUAGCCAGGGCGGCGGCGGCGGCGGCGGUGAGUGCAUCAACACCUCCACAAUAUCCGCGUCGUCGCCAGCUAUGUCGGUGGUGACGAAGUCUCUCGCGGAAAACUCAACGGUCGGCGCCCAGGCAACAACGGAUAUGUUGGCCAAGACUCUGACGCGAACGCUAGACAGCCCUCUAUCUGCUUGGAAAGGAGGCAACACAGUGAGCGCAACGGCGACGGUUUUCGAGCUGACGCAAGUGGGCGGUAGACCAGAGAAAGACGCGGGGGAAUGCGCCAGCAGUCCUACCAGUGUUUCUCUUACACACGAGACGACGAGGUCGACAGAUAACUGGCGGGUCGACAACCAGCAACAAGAGGUUUCCCCUCCAGAGGAGUGCUCGAAACAAGUACGGGUGGCAGAAGGAGACAAGCCUGACACCGCCGCAUCCUCCCAUCGUCGACGACGAAUCCCGGACGACGGCAAUUCCACGGCAGCGUCUGCGACGACCAGAAAAUGGAAACCGAAUGCUUUUCGGCCCCUUGAGUGGUUCCCCGUUCCCGGCAGACAGGUAUUUCGUGUUGAUCCCAACGAUGUGAAUGCAGCCCCCGCGGCAGAGCCAGUUGGUCGGCCAGUCGAAAGCGGCACGUCAAACACACCGAACGUCCCACCUGAAGGCCAAGGUGCGGAAGGCGGCGGCGGCGGCGGCGGCGGCGGCGACGGCGGCGGCGGCGGCGGCAACUGCGGUAGUAGCGAGCGCCAAGCUGUGGGUGGGGAGGAUACCGUGGAGCAGGACAAGGCGGGAAGGCGGGGCGGUCAAGCGAAAGAGAAAAUACGGAUAGAGUCGGGCAAGGGGCAGCCGGGCAACGGGUCGCCCUCGACGCGAUCACCCUUUCCCACCGCGGCCGUGCUGAACAAUGGUCUGCUCUCUCCAGCAACCAACAGAGACAUGGGGGUGAGGCCGACCAUCUGGACGAGGAGCCGACGGGCGAGGUCUAGCCGGUCGUUACAUAGUGCUGGUGCUUUUCGAGCUCUCGACAGGCAGAAACCCAACGGUCUCUUGGCCGACGCCUUACGACCGAAAUCGCCCGACUCAUUGGGCGUGAUUACGAGCUUCUCGACGCAGGUGCGGUUGGAAAUCGACCCACACGAUGUAAGAUCCAGAGGAUUCCAUCGCCGUGAGGAAGAGCAUUGUCGCGAGACGCGGCAGUGCGUCGAAGCGAGCGACGUUUCCUCCGGGCUAGCGGUGACCCCGGGCGUCCGGCCAAUGGUUUCCGGUCCAACCGGCCAACGCCCCGCUCGAACCAAGGCCGUCGUGCCACAUUGGCAACACGACAAGAGACAUCCAGCGCGACGACAACCUCAAUGCCAACGAUUGACGAUCUCUGGGUGGGAGGGUGCUGAAGGCGCCGGCAGUACAAGUGGCGAUCUUAUGAGGCUGCCAACCUUCAAACCAAGUGAGAGUCCGGAGCUUGAGAGCAGCUGCAGGAACCUCGGCGCUGUUAGUGAUAAGGGCGGUCCAGGCGCACCCCCGAGUGGUGGGAUUCUAAAGAGCAGCUUGGCUAGAGGGAAACGUGGUGGGGCGCGCGUCAAGGCGCGGCCAGCGAGCCCUCAUCAUUCAGACAGCGGCUUGGACGAGUGUUUCUCCAUCAGCAGUGCUGCAACUAGCAACAACAACAGCUGUUGCGGGUGGCGAAAGAGCGACAGCAUGUAA